AUUGGUUCAGGUUCCUUCAAGCUGGUCUACAAGGCUUCAUGGAAGCACACUAAGGGUAACAAUACUGCCGUGGCCAUUCUGCGAAUCCCAGACAGCGCGUCAUCGGGAAAGAAAGAAGAUUUCGAACAGGAGUUGAAGAUUUUGAUUCACCUUGGCAAUCAUCCAAACCUUCUCCGUCUUUACGGCAUUACCUUGGAACCAGCUUCUAAGGACUACUGCCUGGUCACGGCCUUUGCUCCCGAGGGAUCUUUGGACAAUGUGUUGAUGAAUCUUGCCGAGAAGAAUCAAGAGAUGAGUCUCUUGGCCCAGCUGUGCGCUGCAUCUCAAAUUUGUGACGGGAUGCUGCAGCUGUCGUUGAACGGAGUUGUGCACAGAGAUCUUGCUGCGAGAAACGUUUGCAUAGCAGACUACGGGCUUGCUAUGAUUGCCAUCAGAGGAUACGGACAGAGCCGUGGAGAAACUAUCAACACCACCAACUCCACUGCCAGACCCAUUCGUUGGAUGGCGCCUGAAAGUAUUAGGAGACGACAGUACUCGGAAAAGAGCGACGUGUGGGCCUUCGGUGUGACUAUGUGGGAGAUCUGGAGCUACGGAGAGCUUCCGUUUUCGACAGAGGUUGAUGAUGCUUCUGUGGGUUCGCAGGUGCUGCAAGGAAAACGACUGCCGCAGCCCCCAGCAUGCCCACCUGUUGUUUACAAGAUCAUGAAAGAUUGCUGG